GCUCUUGAGAAAAUUUCAUGUAAUUGUCCCCUCCGAAGUUGAUAUCAGAUUUUCGCCCCUGUAUACAUUCAUGUAAAUACUACCUCAAUUGGCCCGACCAACCAGCACUCCCGCACAUUGGCUAACCGAGCUAUCUGUAUAACUCUGGGCCUUGGCUAUAACCAUGGGCCAUAGUUGUUGUUUUGGCCCAACCUCCACUAGAGCCUGUAGUUUGAAGUAAGCUUGUUCUGAACUUCGGUCUUUAGCUUCAGCAGGUGGCAGCAACACCACAGCAGCACCACCAAUCUACUGGAACGCUACAACAGAGACACGAGGACCAAUCUACCCAACAACCCCAUCGGUAGUUAACGCCACGCCAGGGUGAAAAGAUCAGUCAGAUGUCAAUGCCACCUCUCCAACACAGAUGUCGACACCACCGCUCACCACCCCACCCAGUGUCGCAGACACUAUGUUUUCAACAAUGACAUCCGAUACAACAACAUCAGCAAUAGCCAAUAGUCAAAUCAGAUUGGUCAACGGUCCUAACUCCUGCUCAGGGAGAGUGGAGGUCUACCACAGUGGUCACUGGGGGACGGUGUGUGAUGAUUCGUGGGACGUGAGUGACGCCCAGGUGGUUUGUAGACAGCUGGGCUGUGGAAGAGCUCUGUCUGCACCACACGAAGCCCGCUUCGGACAGAGGAACGGGACAAUAUGGAUGGAUGAUGUUGGAUGUACAGGCAGCGAGUCUAAUCUCACAAGGUGCAGUCACAAAGGGUUUGGGAGACACAACUGUGGACAUCACGAAGACGCUGGUGUCAUCUGCUCAGGUGGCAGCAACACCACAGCAGCACCACCUAUCUCCUGGAACACCGCAACAGGAACAGCCCGACCAACCAACCAAAGAACCACAUUGGCAGGGGCUUGGUCACAGUGGGUGGAGGUGGAACCAGAAGUGAUAUCAUAUCCUGGCCAGACGGUUAACCUGCGGUGUGCCUUCAUAGGAACGCAGGUCAUACAGCUCACACAGGGACGAGUUAGCUUCCCCACGCCCUCCCUCAACAACCCUUCAAUCCAGAUCUCUGACAUCAGGAUGACUGAUGAAGGGAGAUACAUCUGUGAAUACGCCACCUACCCCAGCGGCAAUGAACAGGGCAUCACCUCCCUCGUUAUACUAGCUCUGUCAACAUCACCACCUUUCUACUGGAACACCACAACAGAAACAGCAGGACCAACCAACCAAUCAACCACAUUGGCUGGUAACACCACAAUAAUUACACCAGUGACAGCGUGGCAAGAUGCCCCGAUCAGAUUGAUCAACGGUCCUAACUCCUGCUCAGGGAGAGUGGAGGUCUACCACAGUGGUCACUGGGGGACGGUGUGUGAUGAUUCGUGGGACUUGAGUGACACCCAGGUGGUUUGUAGACAGCUGGGCUGUGGAAGAGCUCUGUCUGCACCACACCAAGCCCACUUCGGACAGGGGAACGGGACAAUAUGGAUGGAUGAUGUUGGAUGUACAGGCAGCGAGUCUAAUCUCACAAGGUGCAGUCACAAAGGGUUUGGGAGACACAACUGUAAUCAUGGUGAAGACGCUGGUGUCGUCUGUUCGGACUCAGAGCGUCCUUCCAACUCAUGCCCAGAGCUGGUGUGUGGUCGGCGCCUCCUAGAGGUGGGUCUCAGCCGGGCUGGUCUGGAGACUGCAGGUCUGAACGCGUUUUCUGCUCACCUGGCCGACCUCCGCUGCUCCUCCCACCAGGAAGCUAACGGCACAGUGUGGUUCCAGGUGGAGCGCAGGGAGGGCAGCUGUGGAAACACACUGACGACCAACAGCAGCCAUGCCAUCUACUCCAACAGUUUAUUCAUCUACCAGGUGCACAAUGUCUCCUUCACCCGACCCGUGAGCAUACCUUUCUCCUGUGCCUAUCCGCUAGACACCGAGAGCAGCCUAGAUGUGGCCGUCGUACCCUACCUACCGGUGGAGGGUGGAGUUUCAGGUAUUGGCUCCAAGGCGUCAGCCUCCAUGUCUCUGUACCACAACUCCAACUACACAGAGCCUUACCCAGCGGGUCAGAGAGUCACUCUGCCACUGGGCUCUGCUCUGCAUGUGGGCGUAUCCGUCAACGAGACGGAGACGGAGCGAUUUGUGGUUGUCCUGGACAACUGCUACACCACUCACUCCUCCAACCCUGAUGACCCUAUGAGAUAUUUCAUCAUUCAGAACAAAUGUCCUAGUGAUCGUACCCAGGUGAGGGUGGAGGAGAGUGGCUCAUCACUCGAGGCUCGCUUCUCUGUGCUGCUGUUUCUGUUCCAGGGGGACUACCAGGACGUCUUCCUGCACUGCAGCCUCAGCCUGUGUGACCAAAGGAGCUCCUCCUGCACUCCAUUGUGUUCCAGACGAAGGAGAUCCAGCUCCAGUUCCGUCCCCCUUAAUCCCGUCACCAUUGGUCCAAUCAGCUGGACUUGGAGUCUGGACUGAGCUUUGGGAGGUACUGCAGUGAGCCGUAUCUGAUUCAUUGUCCUUAUACUUUUUAAUGUACUUUUUCACAUAUCUCUCUGGUUGUGUUUUGUGACUAUUGUACAGUCAUGGCCAAAAGUUUUGAGAAUGACACAAAUAUUAAUUUUCACAAAGUCUGCUGCCUCAGUCAGUGUCUUUAGAUAUUUUUGUCAGAUGUUACUAUGGAAUACUGAAGUAUAGUUACAAGCAUUUCAUAAGUGUCAAAGGCUUUUAUUGACAGUUACAUGAAG